AUGAUGUUGGGAGACCUUGGUGCAAAUGUAAUAAAAGUGGAAAGUUUCGAUGGAGACGAAGCUAGAAAGUGGGGUCCACCAUUUACGAAAGGGAAUGAUUCAUACUAUUUUUUAUCUGUGAACAGAGGCAAAAAGAGUAUUUGCAUUGAUUUAAAGACUACACAAGGUAAACAAAUUAUUUAUGACCUAGCUAGGAAGUGUGAUGUCCUGGUUGAAAACUUUCUACCGGGAAAGCUAGAUAAACUAGAUGUUGGAUAUAAGAAGCUAAGCACUGUGAAUCCAAAACUAAUAUAUUGUGCUGUCACCGGUUUUGGUUCAACUGGACCAUAUGCGAUGAAACCUGGUUAUGAUGUUAUUGCUGCUGCAAUGGGUGGCCUGUUAAACUGUACUGGUGAAAAGAAUGGAAGACCAGCUAAAGUCGGUGUAGCCAUCACUGACGUGACAACAGGCUUACACGCAUUUGGUGCUAUUAUGACAGCUUUGUACUAUAGGAAAAACACAGGGAAAGGACAAAAAAUUGAUUGUAACCUGUUAUCCACACAAAUAUCUAGUAUGAUUAAUGUUGCAAAUAAUUAUUUAAAUUGCGGUAUAGAGGGCCAACGUUGGGGUACAGCGCAUGCAAAUCUAGUGCCAUAUCAAGCCUUUCAAACUAGUGACGGAGAAAUUGUUAUUGGGGCAGGAUCAAAUGCGCAAUUUGCUGAUUUAUGUAGAAUUAUUAAACGGCAAGAUUUAAUUGAUGACGAGAGGUUUAAAGACAAUUCGGCUCGCGUGCAACAUCGCGAAGAAAUUGUUCAAAUUAUAAGCGAAAUUAUCAAAACAAAAUCGAAAAGGGAAUGGUCUGAAUUGUUUAGGAAUGCGUCGUUUCCUAAUGGACCAGUUAACACCAUGAAGGAUGUAUUCGAGGAUAAACAUGUCAGGGAGAUUCGGCUAGUGAAGGAAUUAGAACAUCCGGAGGCGGGGAAGAUCAAAAUGGUUGGUCCACCGACUGUUUACUCAGAGGGGGUCAAUGAUGAGCCAGUUGAACGCGUGGCGGUGAUCACUCUACGCCCGACUAAGAAGCAGCAACAGAAAAAGGUCGUCUGGACUGAAGACACGGUAGACAAUGAGCAUAUGAACAAGAAGAAGUCAAAAUGCUGUUGCAUAUACGAGAAGCCGCGCCGCUUCGGCGAAUCCGAUUCCGAAGACAGCGACGACGAAUGCGAGCACUGCUUCGGACACGUCGAGAAGAAACACGCGAAGCACAAGGAACCAAACACUUCGCAAGUUGAGGUAACAACAGAACAAACAGCGACAGUGACGCUAAAUCCAUCGGAGUCAGCGCCGGCGCCGGCACCGCCAGAUAGGCCUACCACUGAUACUGAUUAUCGAUUUUAA